AUGCCGUGGAAUCGUCAAGGGACGGGACCUGAAUUUGGAUAUUACCCCAAGUGGGGACAUCUCCUCUCCGCUGGGACGGGACCCACUAGCCGAUCAACUGAUAAGCCCGAUAAGAGCUUCAGAAAUUCAGUCACUGAGCAAGACUCCAAUUCCAAUUCCGACAAGUACAAACACCACAAGGCCACCUCCAUCCGCCGGAUACACAUACACGCCAAUGCCCGCCAAACCAUAGUCGCCAUGGAUAAUACUAAGAAACAAGCUGCCUCUGGCAACACGGCGGCCGAUUCCAAGAAGCGCAAGGGAGCACCAUCAGCAGCGACGGGCUUCAAAAAUCAGGAUCAACAAGGCAAAGAAUCGCGUCCACCAGCCCGGCCACAGAAGCGCGUCAAGUUCCAAGAUGCCCGCAACAUUCGCAGCCAGCCCCCCGACGCCGCACUCGACGACGGAAAGCUCGACCUCCAAAAGUUCCUCAAUGCCCGCGAAUUCGAGAUCAACGCCCUCGAGACGAGCAUGCGAAAAUGCAAGAGCGCCAAUGCCACCAGAGUUUUCCAGCAGGUCCCGCGCGAGAUGAGACGGCGAACCGCGAGCCACAACGCCAAGAGAGUCCCCAAGAGGCUGCGCGACAGAGCGAAACGAGAGAUGCUCGAGGACAACACACCAACCGUCGAAGCGAGGAAACGACGACCACGUACAACACGCGCCAGGAUACGGGCCGAAAACGCAAGGCGACUGGAGAAGCUUGCCGCGAAGAAAAGGAAGAGAGCGUUGGAAAAGGAAGCCGGAGGAGAGAACAAGGACGAGCCCGGAAAGACUACAAUCCAGACGAGAGCCCCGAGACCCAAGAUACGGCGUGAUACCCUGAACGAGCCUCCGAAGCCAAAGUCCAAGUUCAAAAAGAGACAGAUCAACAAGACCUGGCUUCCUACCCAUCUAUGGCAUGCCAAACGAGCGACAAUGACCGAGCCGACCAAGCCUCAAUGGCGAUUUUCCAUCCCCUUGACACCGACGCAAAAGUGCUAUCGACCGACCCACCGAGCUUCUGGGCAAAAGGGAACUAUGUUCUGGGAUACGAGUUACAUGAGCACAGUCAGGCUGUAUGGAACAGCUGGAGGCAUUGAGCAGGUUCUCAAGGCACUUGGACUGGUCCAGGAGAGUCUAUGGGGCAAUCGUGGCAGGAAAUGGAGAGUUGGUACGAGAACAUGGAGCGGUAUUGUGAGCAGACAGCAAGGGAGCUCAAGAAGGGAUGUCGGGCCUGCUACAAUUCUGUGGAACCCUAACUCGACAAACGAGGCCGCUGCGCCAGAGUCAGACACUACCGAGCAGAAGAAGACACAACGACAAGUCUUGAUCAGGACACACCCCUCAUGUUUCCUCGAACUCUUCGACGAGCUGAUUAGGGUUGCGAAGCUACAGACGCCUCAAGUUCACGUCGAGGACUUGCGUUUCGAAAUCGGUAGCAUCGAACUUACCGGACCCGGCUCCACAGAGACGUUGCUCGCUGUACUCCAGCCAUAUUAUACCGAGGAGCGUCACGGACAGGUUUUCUCCUCUUUGGUCGGAGUAACGAAUCCCGCUUCUCUUCCUAAAGAUGCAGUACUGGCCUUCUCAGUCAAGGACCCACGACUGUCGUAUCCUCCCAAGCGCGUGGACACCGCCAGCAAGGUUUCCGACCUUGCUCUUCUUGAUACUCUGACACAAUGGCCUGUCGAGGAACAAGUGAAGCCAUAUGGUCUCUUCGACCGCGAUGUCCGCUUCAAGGCUUCCAGUCUACCACCACAAAAGUCUAUCAAUCGCCGAAAGGGCGCUAACAUCCCAGGGCAAGAAAUUCAAGCCACGGCAGUGGACCCUCCUAUACCGGUCAUCGUGUUGGCCUCGAGGCCGGCAGCUGGUGGUCAGGCGCAGGGAACGUGGACACUGUUGGCACCAUGGAAAUGUAUUUUACCGAUAUGGUACAGCAUCGUCCAUUAUCCCCUGUCGACUGGAGGAAACCCUCGGCUGGGAGGUUUGAACGAGCAGCGGCAGAUUGCCUUUGAACAAGGGACCGCCUGGUUUCCCGGGGACUUCCUGGGGACGAACGCGGGUGUUGUCUGGGAGACGGAGCAGCGCGCGCAGCGCAAGAAGGCAUGGGAUCGGCGUCCAAAGGGUAAGCGCAUCGAAUGGGCCUCGCUGGAUCUCGGCGCUGGACGAAAGGGCGAGAUUGGGGAUGGCCUAGCGUGCGAUUUUGAGCAUCUGUUCGGUUUGCCCAGGGAGCCUUCGCCGAGCUCCUCCUCUGGGGACCAGUCCACCCUGGAUGUCGAUCCAAAUGCAAUGGACGUAGAUCCUCGGGAAGAGGCUGAAGCCGCGUCCAAAUCGGGGAAGCCCCACAAAGAUAUUCUGCCGUCUUUGGCUACAGUUGGGCAGAUGAAGAAGACGGAGUUCAAUGCCCGUGUCUCAGCGGAUUCGGGCAGCAGACCUCCCCCACGGUCGAUCAUAUCAGUCAACAUCACAUUCGUGACCAGAGGCGUUGCCAACGUAUGCGCCAGGAUAUAUCGUCUUCCAUCACAGCCUUCACCAGCCACGACCGUCCCGUCGUCAGAGGCGGAAGUACCCGCUACCGAUCCGGUUGCAGCCGGCGUAGGCUCUCUACCAGCGGAUCUUCGUGACCAAUGGCUUCAGAAACUCCCCAGCAGCCAGCAGAAAAGCAGAAGCAGCAGCAGGUCUUCCAAAUCCACCACCACAGCACACGCAGCACCACAAAUGCCUCGCGGCGUCGAUCAGGGUACCCGAAAACAAUUAAUGGCCAAGUCUCUCCUAUCCGGGGACCCGUUGCCCUACCCCAGGCCCUCCUCGGCAGCUAAUCAGACAGACACCAUGGGUGGCGGCGCCCAUCCGCUGUGCCCUGGCGAGGAGGACCUGAUCGGGUUCGUGACGGCAGGGGCGUACAGCCUUAGCGAGGGCAAGGGUACGGCGGUUGGUGCCAUCUCCGCCGAGAAGGCGUUUGAUACCCUUAAGGAGUUUGGGACUAAGGAGGGAAGGCUUUGCAUUGUGAGAAAUGCCGGAGAGAGCGUGGGAUGGCUGGCUAGGUGGGAGCUGGUGUGA